AUGUCAGGGGGGAGAAAGUUCAAGCCAAAAGAACCAUAUACCCAUCGUUUAAAAAAGAUUCUUGUAGAAUAUCCUGAAAGCUCUCAAGUUCUCCGCGAAAUUUUACAAAAUUCUGAUGAUGCACAAAGUACAGAACAAGUAUUUAUACUUGACCAUAAUACAUAUCACGGCAAUAAACUCCUUGAGUCUGAGCUUAGUAGAUUUCAGGGACCUGCGCUAUUGUCGAAAAAUAACACAAAGUUUAAUGAUGAUGAUUUUAAAUCAUUGGAGAAUCUAGCUGACAGUGAAAAACAAGACCAAUAUGAUAAAAUUGGAGAAAUGGGUGUCGGUUUUAAUUCUAUUUACCAUUUAUGUGACAGUUGCUCAUUCAUCACUGAUGAUAAAUUUGUAAUUCUUGACCCUCAUGAGUGGUGCUAUGAAGGAGGCAAUGUGUAUGACAAUUUUGCCAGAGAUAACUUGUCUCAAAAAUAUUCUGAUCAAUUUUAUCCUUUUAAAAAUCUCGGUAAACUUAGCAUUCCAUGUGAUGGAUCAUUUGAAGGAACGAUCUUUCGAUAUCCUUUGCGUACUAAACAAGGUUCUAAAGAAUCAAAAAUUUCAAAAACAAUAUAUGAACCAAAUCAAAUUCUGGAAAUGUUUAAAACGUUUUUUGAAAAGGAUAGCAUUAAUUGCCUACUUUUUCUUAGAUACAUUGAGCGUAUUGAAUUUUACGAGUUGAAGGAAGGAAAAUCUGAGCCUGAAUUACUCUAUAGGAUUUUACUGAAAGAUGCAGAAAAAGUACGCAAAAAACGUCAGCUUAUCGUUAAGGAAAUCACUCCGAUGAUGAAGGAUCUUAAAGGAAACAAACUUAAGCAAAGAGCAUCAUUAGACACAUCAUAUCAUGUAUCCCUUGUUAGGUAUGAAAAGGAGGUUAUUAUAGAAGAUUCUUCAUGGUUUAUUGUGAAUAUGCUUGGUGAUUUACAUGAGACGAAUCGCUACUUUCGGGGUGACUUCGGAGAAAGACUUGGUACUGUACCAAACGUAGGGUUGGCUGCAAAAUUAAAUUCAGGUCAGGAUGAAGAUGAACUUCAUGGUGGAUUAUUCUGCUUUUUCCCUCUUCAGAUUGAUACUCCAUUUCGAGUUUCCAUAAAUGGACAUUUUGCAGUUACUAAUAAUCGACGUGACCUAUGGUCUGGCAUGAAUAAAGAUUUGGCCACUAAUUCUUUGGCUAAUUUGAAAGUUAGAUGGAAUCAUUAUCUUUUCAAAGAGACUAUACCACAAGCUUGGGUUAAAUUUCUUAUCGAGAUUCAGCCGCAUGUGUCUCAAGAAGAUUACUAUGAGUUCUGGCCAAUUCUGGAUUCAGUUCAACUUAUUUCAUCUCCUUUCUUCAUAAACCUUUUAGAAAGCACUAUUAGUAAGCUUAAUUCAGAAGAUAAAAUUUUCUGUGGGCCCAGCGAAAUGCUAUCUAUUUCGACAGGGUACUUUCAAGAUGAAUCGUAUAUCGAACCCGUUAUUCAAAAUAUAUUGAGCAAGAUUGAAUUUCCAGUUAUUCAUGCUCCCUCCGAAAUCAUCAAAGCAUUAAAAAAAUCGGAUAUGCAUUCACCCAGGUUUUAUUCUCCUAGUAUUGCGAGCGAAUUUCUUCAAGGAGAUAGAGGCAAAUGGCAAAAUAAACUGACAAGAGAAGAGACUUUAGAAUUGUUCAAUUACUUAUUGCGUGAUGAAAAUUAUGAGAUAUUGGAAGGAUUAAAAAUGAUUCCAUUAGCCGAUGGAACAUUUAAAACAAUAUCUCAACACGGCACAAUCACAUAUAUAUGUCCAGAUAGCUUUAUAGGUAAAGGUGAAAAGGAUCCGCGCGAAAUUUUUAAAGAUCAAUUAGACAAGUUUAUUGCUAAAGACCUUUCAUACAGUUUAUUGAGUCGUUUGAGCAAUAAAGUAACAACAAAUAAAUGGAAUUUUAACAUCAAGAUGUUAACUGUACCAAUUAUUGCAGGCAUGGUUAAAGACAAGAUUUAUCUAAAUCAUCCCAACUCUAAUGAUAUUGAGAUUGAUAUUGAAAACCGGGUUGAAUGGAUUAAUCGACUAUGGAAUUAUUUAUGUGACAAAUUUAAUGAUUUGGCUUCAUUCGAAGAUAUUCACCUUAUACCAACAAAACAGAAUACUCUCAGAAAACUUAAGACAAAUCAAAUAAAACUUUUUUGGAACAGUACUGAAGGAUUACAAAGCUCUUUUGAUCAGAUACAUUCUAUUCUAGAAAAGUUUGGCAUAAUUUUUGUAAACGGAGAGUUUGAAGACAACAUAGCCUAUCUAAAGAUAAGGCUCUCAGCAUACAUUCAUAAUAUAAAAGACAUUAAAUCUGUUUUAUCAUCAUUAAACACCAAUGAAGUGUAUGAUUUGUACCCGCAUGAAGCAGAACUUUUCAUAAGAUAUUUAUCUUAUUGCUUAUACAUGACUUCACCUCUUACAGAGGAUCAUAUUGGAUUUAUAAAAUGCUUACCAAUUUUUAAAGAGGUUGGUAAAGAUGGGUUUAUUAGUCUAAAGCACAAAGAAAAAGCUUAUUGGUUCCUUUUACCGAGAGAGGAUGAAAAGGAAUAUGGUCAGAUAAUCGCACCGACGAAAUUUGGAUUUCUUGAUGCAACAUCAACGGACACAUGUUAUUUACUUGAAAAAAUUAUCAAAAUUCGACGUUUGUCACAAGCUGAAUAUUGGAUAAAUUACGUAGUACCUCACUUGAAAGUUCACCAAAAUACAAAGAUUGUAAUUGAGAAGCUUUUUGAACGAUUACCAACCCUUAUUAAUUCAGACUAUUCACUAAAAGGCAAAUUAAGUAAUCUCGCCAUUGUGCCUUGCGGGACAAUUAGAAUGGCUGAGGAGAAACAAGAUCUUGACACAGUUAUGCGUAGACCUAUUGACCUCUAUGAUCCCUCGAACCAUAAAAUAACUCAAUUAUUUUUCGACGAUGAAGAAACCUUCCCGGCAGAAAAGUUUUCGAAUCUACAUUAUCCCCUUUUGAAAAAUCUGGGGAUUAAAACCUCACUUUCAUCAAAAGAUGUCGUCGAGAGAAUUAAUACAUACGUAAAACGUCAGAAAACAGGGAAUAAUAUCGAUGAUGUGUACGAUAAAUCACUUAAUCUUCUUAUUUAUAUCGAUAAAAAUUGGGAUUCAUUCGGAGACAAUAAUAAUGAAUUCUUAUCAAACGUCAAGUCUUCAAAAUGGAUUCCAACUAUUAAUAAAUUUGGUAAAAAGUCAUUCUCUUGUUCAUCCGAAUGUCGUGAUAAAAGAGAUAUGUACUCAGUAUCAUUAGCCCUUUCAAUUCUUGAUUAUAAAAUCGAUAAUAAACAAUUUCGCAAACAUUUGGAAUGGAACAGAUAUCCUCAUGUAAGAAUCGUUCUUAAUCAAAUGGAGCUAUGUUCUACAAUGCCUAAGGACAAUUUAAACAUUAAGAAUCAGCCAAAAAUUUGCGAAGCGAUUUACCAAUACAUUAAUGAGGCUUUGUCGUCCGAUGACGAACAGUCUAAACAAGAGGUCAAAGAAUUAAAGGAAGGGCUAAAAGGCAUAAAAUGGAUAUACUGUGAAGGCAAUUUUUAUGCUUCAAAGGAUGUUGUUUUUACUCUUUCGCUGAAUUUUGGAAAAGAACUACCGAUUAUUCAACUACCUGCUGAUUACCAAAAUAAGUUUAGUAAAGUAUUUGAACAUAUGGGGAUUCGAAAUAAAGUUGAUACUUUUGAUUUCAUUGAUAUAAUCAGGAACAUUGCUCAUGAAGCAGACAAUAAACCACUAAAUGAAGAAAAUUUGUCUAAAACAAUUAGAGUUCUUGAUCAAAUCGGAAAGGAGUGCACUAAGUCUAAAAAAGAGGGAAAAUUUAAUGAUUUGAAAAAGUUGUUUAUUCCAAGUACAGAUGCUAUUCUUGUCAAUUUUGACGAAAUUAAAUUUGAUGACAGGACCGGACAAAGUAAUGAAGAGAAGGAAAAUUGCAAACUCUCUCAUCCUAAAAUAUCACUUGCACUUGCAAGGGAACUUGGAAUUCAAAUGUUUUCUGAAAUGUUCACAAAAGAUAGUGAGAUUAAUUUUGAAGAUUAUGAACAAUCAGAACCUUUAACAACCAGGAUAAGAAAGAUUAUUAGCUAUUGUACUCUUGAUUCCUUGUUCAAAGAAUUUCUCCAGAAUGCUGAUGACGCAGGAGCACGCAGAUUUUCCAUCUAUAUCGAUGAGAGACCAUGGCAUGAGAAUGAUCGUUCUUUACUCUUAUCUGAAGAAAUGUAUAAUUGGCAAGGCCCAGCUGUUUGGAUUUACAAUGAUGCGACAUUUGAAGAAAAAGAUUUUUCUUCAUUAACUAAACUCGGAGUCGGAGGCAAAUCUGGUGAUGAUAGUAAAAUUGGUCGUUUUGGCAUUGGAAUUACCACUUCUUACCAUUUAACUGAUGUAUUAUCUUUUGUGAGCGGAGAACAAAUUGCUUUUCUUGAUCCUCAUGCAAAGUUUCUUCCGAUUCAUGGAAAUCCUCCAAAACGGUCUAAGGGAAUUAAAUUAAAUUUUCUUGAGAAAAAAUUUCUAACUCACUUUGAGGAUCAGUGUAGGCCAUAUCUUGCUAUAGAAGAUUGUGAUUUUAAAAAAUUUUUUAAUGGUACCUUAUUCAGGUUACCACUUAGAAGCGUCAAAUUAUCCGGACAAAGUUUAGUCUCGCAAAAUUCAGUAGAACCCAAGGAUAUUUUAGACUACCUUUGUAAUGUGAAAGCGAAAAUUCAAGAUUUGAAAGAUGUUGAAAUUCGCAGAAAAGUCGAUUAUGAAUCACAAGUUUUUCAACUUGAUACAAAAAUCUGUGAUGCACAAAAGAAUAAGACAACUUUUGAGAAGUGGCUUGUAUGCACAGGUGGAAAGCCCGAUAUCACAGAUCAUGAGUUAAAUAAAUUUUCAAAAAAUGAAAGACUAACUGCACAUGGUGGUAUCGCUGCUAUUCUUGCACGAUCAGAAAAUGAAGCCUUAAACAAUCCUUUAGAUCUAAUAGAUCCGCCAGACCUUGAUGGCAAAGAAUAUGCUUAUGUUUCAUGCAAUGGUUCUACAAAUUUGGGAGUUCACAUAAAUGGCAAUUUUUCUUUGUCUAGAGAUAGAAUGGUUAUUUUACAGCCAAAUGAUAACAUCUGUGGAAAGUGGAAUAAACACAUUUUUCUUGAAGUUCUGCCGUCUUUGCAUGUUAAAUUAUUGGAUGGAAUCGCUAAGAUAGAUUAUGAACAUUUCAAGACGUCUAAUACCAUUGCCGAAAAUUUUGUUUCAUGCAUAACCAAAAAAUUUUGGCCAUUCAGCCAAUUUAAUUCGGGUUUGGAUUAUAGAUAUGCGAUAAAAGUACUGCAAAACCUUGAUGAUAGCGAGGUGUUUUGGACAGAAGCUGAUGGGGGUAAAUUUGUAUCAUUAAAAACUGCAUACUUUUCCGAGGAAAACGAUCAUGCUAUUGCAAAUAUUCUUGCCAAAUAUGGGAUUCCAACGGUGAAGAUGGACGAAAACACACUUCGUCAACUAAAAGAAUCUCAAAAGCAAAAAGGAAGGCCUGCUAAAAAAUAUCAAGUUAUCAGUCCUGCAUCAGUUUAUAAAUUAUUGCAAGAAUCUAAGAUUAUAGAAUCUAUUCAACAAGAGCAAAAUGAUUCUACGAACCCACAUGAACAUGUUUUAAUUUUGCUAAAGUUCGUUUUGCAAGAUAAGAACUUAUAUUCGAAUUUAAAAGGGUUCCAGUUGGUACCCUUAAAAGAUGGUUCUCUUGGUACUUUUGGCAAACGAAAUUAUUACAUAGCGAAGCAAAAAUAUCAAUAUUUAUUUCCAAAAUCUGGUCCUUCCUGUUUUGUUUAUGAUUCAGACGAUGAACUUAAUAAGAUUUUCGAGAAUAAAGAUUUUUCGAGGAUUACAAAUAUUAAGAAGCUUGACGCUCUAGGUAUACUUGAUCUUUUGGCUGUUGAGCUUCCAAAUCAACAGGAAAUCCAUUGGGAUCCUUCCUCAGAAGAUAUUCCUAAUCGAAAUUGGCUUGAUGAAAUCUUAGAAAAAAUGAAAUGGGGCGCAGAAUUAGAAAUUACAAGGUUAUUGGAAUAUCCCUUGCUCCCUGUUAUUUCACCAAUAAACAAACUUGUUCGAAUGGAUCUUUCAAAUCCUUUAUUGAACUGUUCAGACAAUCCUGAUGAAGUUCUUGUGCGCGUUCUCAGAAAAUUAGGAAUUUGUCUCACGAACAUAAAAUUUAAUAAUAGGAAUAUUAAUAGAUCAGAAUUUUUUAAAAAAGGUGUGGUUAAAUGGAGCUAUUAUAAUGUAUUUGAUUCUAUUAAGAGAAAACAAGAAUCACAAAACAUUUCCAUGAAGUCAUUUUUCGACAAUGCAAUGUUGAAUGAAGUUGAAUUUAAAAAACUUAGAGAGUUCGUUAAAGAUUUCUUCAAUUUUCAAGGGCGGAAAGAUAAUAUUAUUGAGGUUAUUAAAGAAUUUCCAAUAUGGCCGAUUCGUUCAUCAAGACCGAAUGAUUAUGUUUCUGCAAAGAAUGGAAAGCUGCCACCACGUCAUCUUUCUUGCUAUUUGCCGGAUACUAACAUAUUUAUUGUGGAAGAUGAAUAUUUUAUUGUACUUGAUUCACUUGGCGCUAAAAAAAUUGAAGCGUACGACUAUGUAAAACAACAUUAUCCUCCUGAUUUAGGUCGAUCACCGACGCAACAAGAUGUAGAAUUCCUUGAAGAAGUUCUUGUGCUUGGAGAUCAUAAAAUUGAGGAAUACCUUAAAAAUUGUGAAUCGAUUCCCAAUAAGAAUCUCAGAGUAUUUGCAAGGGCUGAUACUCUAUUCGAUGCAAGUAUAACCUUAUUUAGUCAAAUCUUUGGUGAGGAUGAAUUUCUCCCUUCUGAAUUACAAAAGAACCUUAGUUGCCGUGCUGCCUUAUCAAGGAUAGGGCUCAAUCAGUCUAUAAAUAUAAAGACAUAUAUGAAAUGUGCUGGAAAAAUUGAGAAGAAAAUCAAUGAUACCAGUGGUAAUUGUACUGAUGAAAUAAUUAGAUCCAGUGCAAAAACAUUAGCAGAAUGUCUUAAUAGCUUAUUAUUUAAAGAUGAUGAAUUGAAACAACUUUCUAAAAUAAAAUUUUUGCCUUCUAAUAAAAGUCUUCCUAAUCCUUAUAGCAAGACAACUCCUUAUACUUCAGGAUAUGAAUCUUUUAACUCAUUGUAUCCUGAAAAAUAUCUAAAAAUAUGUUGGACACAAGCGAAAUUUUUUGCUUCUGAUAUUCCACAAUUCGUACAUCGUCCAAAUGUGGAAAUGGUUAUUGAACAUUGGAAUCGUUUGUUUGUUGAUAAAAUUCUUCUGAACAGUUCAGAAUGGGAAGUUAAAGACAUAUACCAAAUUAUGAAAGAAAUUUAUCAAUUUGUGAAUGACUCUUUGGAAGAAGGAAUUACAAAACCUAAAUUAAAAGAUUUGUAUUUCUUGAACGGUGAUAAUCCUUUUGAUCUUGAUUGUUGGGUUUUGGGCAAUAAUCUGGCCUUUGGCAUUCAAAAUUAUGAAGGCAGAUUGAAAAAAGUACGUAACCAUUUGGAACCAUUUAAAAAACUAUUGGAAGCUGCGGGUGCAAGAACUGUGAAAAAUAAUAUACCAAUUGAUGAAGCACCAAAUAAACAUUCGCGACGAAAAGAUGUGUUGGUUAAAUAUUUAAUCAAAUAUUUGCAAGAUCAGAAGCCCGAUUCUCAAUAUCAUGAUGUCAUAUUCAAAGUUGGGAAUCAUGAAAUUGGCGCAAAUAGUUUUGUUCUGUCAGAUGUUGCAGAGUACUUUGACUGGGAAUUUUCUGUAAAUCCUAUAAUAAUUAAUGGCAUUCAGCCCAACACAUAUAAAGUACUCUUGAGAUCGCUUUACGGUAUGUCAUAUCCGGAUGCAGUUGAAGACGUUUUUGGAGAGGGGUUUGACGGACAACAUUAUGUAGAAUUUAUACUUGACUUUUUGAGGGCAUCAUAUAAAUACCCACCUUUAAAUGAUUUAAUUCAAACCAACAUCAUGAAACGUCGUCUUGUAAACGAAAGGAAUGCGAAGCAGAUAUUGGAACUGAGUCUCAAGUAUAGAGCAGAUCGGCUUAAAAAUUACUGUGAAAAUUAUAUCGAAGAAAAUAAAGAUAUUGUGGAUGCAAUAGGCACCAACCAAAUUAUUCCACAAAAUUGCACAGAAGAUAUCACCCAAAAUAUUCCGCAAAAUUGUACAGGUUAA